AUGGCCGCACCCGCUGACUCCCUCGACGCAUCCACCCAGGCGGCUCUCGACGCCACCACUGUGGCGGCCGGUGCAGCUGCCGCUGCGGCUAUCUCCCCUGACACCCCUGCUGCGUCCCUCGCGGACACCAUCGCCGCCGCGACUGCCGAUGCGGUCCGAGCAGUCUUCGCCUCCCUUUCUGCUCCCGCGUUGACGUCUCCUGCGGCACCUCCUACCCAUGCAUCCGCGCCCACCCUGGCUGCGCCCCUGCAGCCGGCCAUACCACCGCGUGGAUCCCUUCCAGAGGCUGCCACCCUCUCCGUCGAUCCCGGUGAUGACGCCACGGCAUCCCUUCACGCCCAGGCCGUGGCGGUUCUCAACGUCAAGACGUUGGUCCCAGUCACUCUUGACCUCGCUGCGGCCAACUACACAAAGUGGCGGGGUCUCUUCCUCGUCAUCCUCGGCAAGUACGCAUUGGCCGACCAUGUCCUGUCCGAUGCCUACCAUCCAGACCGGACGGAUUGGGCGCGCAUGGAUUGCGUCGUCCUCACAUGGCUCUACGGCUCCAUCUCCGUCGAGCUCCUCGAGAUCGUGAUGUCGGCCUCCUCCACCGCAUGUAUCGUUUGGCGCGACCUCGAACACCAAUUUUUGGGAAACUUGGAGCAGCGCGCCCUCAACCUCUCGGCGGAGUUUCAUUGCUUCGUCCAAGGCGACCUCUCCGUCACCGACUACUGCCGACGUCUCAAGAGAAUGGCCGACGGCCUUGCUGAUCUCGGCGAGCCCGUCACCGACCGCACGAUCGUCCUCAUGCUGCUCAAAGGUUUGAACGAACGGUUUUGCCACCUGCAGACCAUUCUUCCUUUGCAAAAACCGUUUCCUACCUUUGUCGAAGCCAGAUCGCAACUACUGCUUGAAGAGAUCACUCGCGACAGUCGUUCUUCCGGCGCAUCGACAGCCUUUCUGGCCGCUGGCUCUUCAAGUGCUGGGGCUAACCGCGGCUCUACGCCUGGGGGCGGUCCUGCCCCUCCUCCUGUCCAUGCCGCCGGGUUUGGCUCCGGUGGCCAUGCCGGCCACAACAGCAACAACGGCCGAAAUUUCCGCAAUAAUCGCCGGCGUCGCGGUAAUGGUGGUGGACAAAAUGGCUCGGGUGCUCCAUCCGGCCAACAACAGCAGCAGCAACACUCUUCCUGGCCCAGUCCCCAUAAUCCAUGGGCUGGUACGAUCCAGAUGUGGCCUGGACCACUAGGCCGCGGUUUACUCGGCCCACGGCCGCCUGCUACAUUGGGCCAGGCGCCCUUCGCUGGUGCUGCCUUGGUGGGCCAAGCUGGCGCUGCGGGUGGCGUGCCUGCCUCCCACGAUGAUCCAGCCCGCCACUCCCCUGGCGGCCUUCGGUGCUGGCCAAUUUGGCUCGGCUGCACCGACCGGUGCGGCCCAUGCUCUACAGCCGUACUACUCGCCUCCUUCGCCGCCGAUCUGGAGCAGCAACAGCAGCUCGACCUCGGCGCCUACAUGGGACCAGCACGCACUGGCGAACGCGUUCAACACCGUCUCCCUGACACAGCCGUCUUCCCCCGCACAUGA